GGGCCCCUGGGGGCGGGCUGGGGAGCACCACCUUGCUCCGAGGGGGCGCGCUCUGCACUCUCCAGCCCCGGGGCUCCGAGGGAAAAUGGUAGGUUUCGGCCACAUGUCCAGUGAACCUAAGGGGCCUUUCCAGGUUUGCAGCUCAUUCAAACUUUAUGGGGACAUUGUGCAUGCAAGCAGAACAUUUCUGAGGGGCAGAGGUGGCUUGUGGGUGCCCGAUUAGUAGGUUCUGUCUUAGGGGCUGGCAGAGCUUGUGGUUUUCAGUCUGUCCUUAUGUGACACCUGUGUGUGCCCAGUGCUAUGCUAGGCCUCUAGGUCCGGUAGUGAUAACAUAGGUGCCAGUCCCUGUACUUAGGCCAAGAGGCAGGAGGAAUGCCUAGAUGGUGGCCCAGUGUGUGCCAGGCUGUAUUCUAGUCCCCACGUAACAAGCAUGGCCUCGCUGGGUGUAUGGGUCAGUCUGCUGUGGAGGCCCUUCCCUGAAAGCUCCUACCCUGUGCAGAGCCGGGCAGGGGAGCGAGGGCUCCAUGGAGCAAUGCCAGUGGCCGUUCUCCUCACCUGCUGGGGCUGUCUCAGUCUGGGCACAGCUCUUUCCCUUGGUGCCCAGGUAGGCUGCGGGCCGCAUACUCCAGACCAGGUGCCUUGCCCAGCGUGCCCCAGCUGCCUGCCUCUUGGGCUCAACGAGACUGUCCUGGGCAACCAGAGCAGCCAAGCCAUCUGGGGCGCUGCUUCUAUUUUUAUUCUGGAUUUGGGGUCGGGUGGGCCGGCCCAGCCAGAAAUGUCCUUUAAAGGCUCCUCUGCGCUGGCACUGCAGCCAGUGAGGCCUUAAAAGGCAAAGCUCCUUCCCGUCGCCGUGACUGUGUCUGCCUUCGAUGGGCCGACGGGACUCGCAGGGACAGGAAGGGGCAGAGUCUGGGGGCUGGCAGAGCGCUGCUCGUAGGAGGCCCUGCUGCAUGGUGUUGGGCCUGGUUAGGUGUGGCACCGUGGCAGCGACGAGCUCAGCUGUCCCUGCUCUGGGUUUGACCAGGGGCCAGGCAUCUGUCAGGUGAAUGGACCAGGCACGUCUCCUCCCCUCCAGCAGCCAUCACGAUGUGCACGGAUUGCAGUCACGGUCAUGAGGAAAUGCCGGCUCGCCCUGUGGGAGGAACUUUGUGCACACCAUCUUCUAGGACCUCCUGUGAAUGCUGAGCAGGCACUGGGGUUCUUGCCUCUUUUCCUGAUGGGGGUCCCCUAAAGGCUGUGGGGGGGCUGUGGCCCAGGUCCUGUGUCUCUCACUGGUGGUCACGUUAGAGAUGCUUCCCAGAGCAGGACAGUGUGGCUGACAGGGUUGGACUCACUGGUUCUCAUGGUGGGCUGGGGCUCCUGUGGGCCAUUUUCUGGGGCCUUCCCUGACUGCCUGGGCCUCUCUCAGAGUCCCUGAUGGACACUUUGACCCGGGGACCCUCUCCGUCACCUCAUCCGUGUGUGACAGCCACCAAGACUCAGGCUGGGGAAGGUAGAGCCAUCCGCCCAAGUGAGCCUGCUAGUGAGAGGCUAGACUGUGGGCCACUGGGAUGUAGUGCCCUGGGGUCGCCACCUUAUUACCUGAGCUGCCCACGGGUAUGGUUUCCAGGGCUGGUUCUGGAGACCUGUGCCCAGAAGCAAGCCAAGGUUCGGUGUCCUCCUGCCCAUCCACACCCACCCGACUGGUCAUGUUCACUGGUGGCAUGAGAGAGGCGAGCCAGGACGUCAUUGAGCUAAAGGGCAUGUCAGCUCGCGGCCUGCGGCACGUUGUCGAUUUUGCCUACAGCAGUGAGGUGACCCUGGACCUGGACUGUGUGCAGGAUGUGCUGGGUGCAGCUGUGUUCUUGCAGAUGCUGCCAGUGGUGGAGCUGUGUGAGGAAUUCCUCAAGGCUGCCAUGAGUGUGGAGACCUGUCUCAACAUCGGCCACAUGGCCACCAUCUUCAGCCUGGCUUCACUGAAGGAGUCAGUGGACACCUUCACCUUCCGGCACUUCCUGCAGAUCGCUGAGGAGGAGGACUUCCUGCACCUGCCUCUGGAGCGUCUUGUUUUCUUCCUGCAGAGCAACCGGCUGCAGAGCUGUGCUGAAAUUGACCUGUUCCGGGCUGCAGUCCGCUGGCUGCAUCAUGACCCGGCCCGGCGGCUGCGAGCCAGCCACGUGCUCUGUCACAUCCGCUUCCCGCUCAUGCAGUCAUCGGACCUGGUAGACAGUGUGCAGACACUGGACAUCAUGGUGGAGGACAUGCUGUGCCGCCAGUACCUGCUGGAGGCCUUCAACUACCAGGUGCUGCCCUUCCGACAGCACGAGAUGCAGUCGCCACGCACGGUUGUGCGCUCGGAUGUGCCCUCCCUGGUGGCCUUUGGUGGCACACCCUACACUGACAGCGACCGCUUUGUCAGCAGCAAGGUGUACCAGCUGCCUGAGCCAGGUGCCCGCCAUUUCCGUGAGCUCACAGAGAUGGAGGUAGGCUGUAGCCACACAUGUGUAGCUGUGCUGGACAACUUUGUGUACAUGGCAGGGGGCCAGCACCUGCAGUACCGUAGUGGCGAGGGCGCAGUGGAUACCUGCUAUCGCUAUGACCCCCACCUGAAUCGCUGGCUGAGGCUGCAGGCCAUGCAGGAGAGCCGCAUCCAGUUCCAGCUGAAUGUGCUGUAUGGCAUGGUGUAUGCCACUGGCGGCCGCAACCGGGCCGGCAGCCUGGCCUCAGUAGAGAGGUACUGCCCGCGGCGCAACAAGUGGGGUUACGUCCGCUCGCUGACGCGCCGCACCUGGGGCCAUGCAGGGGCCUCGGCUGGGGGCUACCUCUACAUCUCAGGUGGCUACGGCAUCUCAGUGGAGGACAAGAAGGCACUGCACUGCUACGACCCUGUAGCUGACCAGUGGGAGUUCAAGGCGCCCAUGAGCAAGCCCCGUGUGCUCCAUGCCAUGGUGAGCGCUGGUGGCCGCAUCUACGCCCUUGGUGGCCGCAUGGACCACGUGGACCACUGCUUCGAUGUGCUGGCUGUGGAGUACUACGUGCCUGAGACGGACCAGUGGACCAGCGUGAGCCCCAUGCGGGCUGGCCAGUCGGAGGCUGGCUGCUGCCUGCUGGACAGGAAGAUCUACAUCGUCGGUGGCUACAACUGGCGCCUCAACAAUGUGACAAGCGUUGUGCAGGUGUACAACACCGAGACGGACGAGUGGGAGCGUGACCUGCACUUCCCAGAGUCCUUUGCAGGCAUCGCCUGUGCCCCUGUCCUGCUGCCCGGAGCUGGGACCAGGAGGUAGCGCCUAGGGCCCACAGACUCCCGGCCACGUGGUUUGGCAAACACACCUCUGGGUUGAGAACUGUGGAAGUGUCCCUGCCCCCUGGGCUGGCCCAUUCCCCAGUCUGUCCCUUCCCAAAGCAUAUCCUUGUCCCUUGGCUUCCCACCAGGGAGCCUGCUAGCGAGGAGGCCGACCUGUGGCAGGGGCAGCAGCAAACGCUUGCCUGAAGAGGUUUCCUCUCCUGCCCUUCAUUGUUGCUCUUGGGCGGGCAUGUCUCCUUCGGGGUGUCCCCUUGUGCUCUGCCCUGCUUCUCUCCCUUCCCCCAACCCAGCCCUGUCAGACAUUCAGGCACAAGCUCAUCAACAUGGGCCCCCAAUCCAUGGUUCACAGUGUGCCCUCCUCCUCAAGUGUCUUGAGCUUGCAUGCUUUUUAAAAAAAAUUGCACCCCAAAUCUCUGUCAUGUCUGGGCCUCCAGAGCAGGAGUGGCGGCUCCAAAGAACCUGGCUCUGGGUGACCGAGGAGGGCACAUUUCCAGCUCUCCAAUAAGCCCAAGCUGCUGGAGCAGGCGGGAGCCUCACAGGAGGGUCCUGUCUUGUCCACCUUCCUGUCCCCAGUCCCCGCACCAUCAGGACACGCACUUACCCCCUUUCAGGAGGAAAAAACGAAGCCAGACCCCAAAGCUGGUCCCUCUGGGCACUGGGCCUUGCAUCUGGCCCUGGGUGUCUGCCUUCCUGAGUUCUGGGUGAGGAUGUCCUGCUGUCCCUGUUUCCAUCAACAGGGGAAGGGAGGGGGUGCCUGCUCUAGAAAUGUACAGUCUGUCUUCAGUCCACAGGUCUGUCAAGUGACUUUAUUUCUCUCCCUCUUUCCAACCUCCACUUCUCUUGGUCCCAAGUUGGGGUUGACACACCACCCAGCCUGUGCCCACCCAGUGCAGGAGGUCAGGCUGGUGGCGAGGCCUCUCCCUUCAGGGGCUUCGAGGCAUCUCUUGCCAUGUUUCUAUGCUUGUUUUGGUGUCUAAAUCUCUAAAACUUUUUUUUCCUUUGGUGUGUGUCUGUUUUGCUUUUUCUCUAAGAGGCCAGCACCGCUAUCUUAUAAAAGGGAUUUUGUACCUUGGGGGCAAUUUAAAGUGUCUCUUUUGCUGCUAAGGGACGAUUGAUGUUGUGUCUGUGUGACACCCUCACUGUGUAAAGAAUUGACCUCUUAGCUUAGCAGAUGUUGUCUCCUAAUAUUUUUAUUUAUUUAAUAAAGCUGUUUUAUUAUUUAUUUAAUAAAAAUAUUACG